UUCUGAUCGUUGCAGACCCCUUUUCUCCUUUCUUUCUUUCUUCUGGUUUCUUCCUAUUCUACUAUUUUCAGUUCUCAUUUACAUGGCUAUUCGAAAUAAAAAAAGAGCGGCUCGUGAUCCCGACCUUGCAGCUAAAAGAGGCACAGAUAAUACUGAUCUGGGAGAGAACUUAGGCGGAGUUCUUGUUAAUGGUGAUCCGAAUGAGCCUACAAUAGCUGAGAAACUUGUAAGUUUAAAUUUAAUAGAAAAUGGAAAAAUUGAAACCAAUGAAAUCCAAGAAAGAAGAGAACCCUCUCCUCCUGGCAAGCCUCCCUCCGCAGAUUCAGUCAAUAUUCUGCUUAAGCAGGCGCUGCAUGCUAAUGAUCACGCACUUCUGUUAGAUUGCUUAUACACUCAAGAUGAGAAGGUUAUAGCAAAUUCAGUAUCUCACUUGAAUCCAUCUGAUGUUCUUAAGCUUUUACAUUCUCUUGUAUCUAUAACACAAUCGAGGGGCGCCGUAUUGGCAUGUGCCCUCCAUUGGAUAAAAAGUUUACUUCUUCAUCAUGCCAGUGGAAUCAUGUCCCAGGAAUCAUCUCUUCUUGCUCUGAACUCUUUGUAUCAGCUUAUUGAAUCUAGAGUCUCAACUUUUGAAUCAGCUCUUCAAAUAUCAAGUUGCUUAGACCUCCUUUAUGCAGCAAUUAUUGAGGAUGAGGUUGAUGAGGAUGCCACAAGUCCAGUAAUAUUUGAGGACACAGAUGAGAGUGAGAAAGAGGCAAUGGAAACUGAUGAUGAAGAGAAGGAAAAUGGGGAAGCAGUUGAUGAUGCAUCUAAUGGGACCAGAUUUGAAGGGUUCGAUGACUUGAGUGACUGAUUUGUAAUCACGAUAGGUUCAGGUUCAUUCUGUUUAAAGCUGGUUAAGUGAUAUGGUAACCAUCAUACGAUGGAAAGCAAGGAGUCUCACAGAUGAUGAUCUUGUUUCCAGGAGCACCCCAUUGAAAGUUAAGAUUUUGUAAGUUACACCAGGAAGUAUAGAAACAUGUAUGAGAUAAGAUUUGAUGCAACUGCCACUCUUGCUAUAUCCGUCUCCAUUAGCGGGAUUACUUCUUUUUACUUUAUCAUUCUAUCAAACAAACACCUAAAACCCCAUUCUCCUUUUGGAUUUUAGGAACUCUCCCGAAUUUGCAAUUUGCAUCAGUUUUGCAGGAUGUACUAGUAACAAACUUUUUGUAAACGUUUCCUUUCAAGUAUUAGAAUCA